UUAUUUUAUGCAUUCUUCAAAUGACCCCCUUAUCAAAAUGCGUGCCAUCACCAAGCAAUAUGGCGAGGGCGAAGCACAAUUUUUUGCCCUUAAAGGGGUUGAUGUUGAUAUUCAUGAAGGUGAGUUUGUUGCCAUUAUGGGGCCUUCUGGUUCGGGUAAAUCGACAUUUGCCAACCUACUUGGUUUUUUAGAUCGCCCAACCUCUGGCGCGUAUUAUUUUAAGGGGCGCGAUAUGGCCAACCUUGACAAUAAUGAACGUGCGUUGAUUCGUCGUCAUUAUAUUGGUUAUAUUUUUCAAGGAUUUUACCUUUUAGCACGAACCUCCAGCCAAGAAAAUGUUGAAUUACCUUUGUUGUACCGUGGUGUUGCUGCCAAAGAACGCAAAGACCGUGCUUUAGCCGCCUUGGCCCUGGUCGGUUUACAAGGCAAAGAGCGUAACACCCCCGCGCAACUCUCUGGUGGGCAACAACAGAGGGUUGCCAUUGCUAGAGCCUUGGUAACAGACCCCCUUAUUUUAUUAGCGGACGAACCUACUGGAAAUCUUGACUCAGAGCGUAGCCAAGAAGUCAUGGAGUUUUUGCAAAACCUUAAUCAAACACGCAAGAUUACCAUUGUGAUGGUCACCCAUGAACCUGAAAUGGCAGCUUUUGCCGAUCGAAUCAUUCAUUUUGUUGAUGGCAAUAUUCAAACGUUGCGGGAAAUUCGCCGUAAUCUGAUGCGGGCAUUUCUGACCACAUUAGGCAUUGUGAUUGGUGUAUCCUCAGUCAUUACUAUGGUGACUUUAGGUAACGGUGCGACCCAAUCGAUUACGACUCAAGUGCAAAGUUUAGGUAGCAACUUAAUUAUGAUUCGCCCAAUUCGCGGUAUGGCGGGGACGGGAGGACGCAGUGGUGGCAAUUUUAAAAUGAGUGAUGUUGAGGCCAUUAAAGCAUUGCCCAAUAUUAACGCAGUAGCCCCCACCAUUCAACGCAGUGCCAGAGCUAUUUAUCAGCAAAACAACUGGUCAACGACCGUCGUUGGCACCACACCCGACUACUUAACCGUCGGUGCAUGGCAAUUAGAGAGUGGUCGAUUGUUUACCGACAGUGAAGCACGAGUGGGAAAAGCUUUGUGUAUUAUCGGCCAA